AUGCCAACAACACGAGGCCAAAAGCGCGACGCGGAGAUGGAGGCAGCACUAAAACUCUUUUUCUCAAGCCCACGCUUCGCAGUAGCCGGCGCUUCUUCCGAUCCAUAUAAAUACGGGCACAAAAUCUUCGCGUGGUAUCUCCAGCACUCUCUCCCUGCGACGCCACUAAACCCAAAGAGCCCGACUGUCACGAUAUUAAACCGUGCUCAUACCACUGUGCCUUCACCACUCGCUCUCCAAGAUCCACCAGCAUCAGAUUAUUCUCUAUCGGUCAUCACGCCACCUGCCGUUACAAGGCAGUUGCUCAAAGAGGCGAAAGAGGCAGGCAUUCCCGCCGUAUGGCUGCAGCCUGGGAGCUUCGAUGCAGAGGUUCUGGAGUAUGCGCAAGCUAACUUUAAGGCGGCGAUUGGUGGGAAUGGCGGAAGGGGAGGAGAAGGAUGGUGUGUACUUGUUGAUGGAGAGGAAGGAUUAAGGGCAGCUGGACGAGAGGCGUCAAGACUUUGA